AUGCUCCUAUUUGAGGGUGAGCCAGCACUGUUCCUCCUCUUCUCCGCGUCGAUCCUCUCCUUCCUCAUCGGGGGGUGUCUGUGGGGUUCUGGGGAGGACGCGGGCAACCAGGCCAAGCGCACCGUCGGCAUCGUCAUCUUCUUCUGUGGGGUGACGUGUUGUGUGGCCUUCUUCAUGCUCUUUACCUACAAGACCAUUAAACGCAAACGACGCGAAAAGCAGGACUUCGAGGAGUUGAUGCGAAUGCAAAACGAGUUCGCCGCAAACGAAGGCUUCCAGAACGACGAAUACGACGACGCCGUCGAACACUCGGCACGCACUUAG